AGCGAAGAAACGCAGGCGACGAAAAUAGCAGAAGCUAUCGUGUCGUCCAUAUCUCGAUCUUCACUCUCAGUUCUUGGGUUAUUUAUGAUUAUUUUGAUCUAUCUUGUUCGCUGGGCUUGUUUGUAGAUCUACACAGAGAGGUUGACUAUAGCAUUGGGUUGGACAAGGACUCCCAGGCUUUAUCUCUCUGCCUCAGUUUGGAGGUACGAAAUGGAUAAUAUAUGGUACGGUAGCCAUCAGGAAACAAGCAGUCAAGAUAUACGGAAACCUGAAAUGAGCGAGGCACACCAGACUUCCCAGACUUCCCUUGUUGAGGAUUUAGCUGAGGAUUUUCGUCUGCCAAUCAGUCACAAGCUAACAGAAAAUAUUGAUCUCGAUAAUGUGGAGCAAGCAUCACUAGACACACAACUGACCUCAUCAAAUAUUGGAUUUAGGCUUCUCCAAAAAAUGGGUUGGAAAGGAAAGGGUCUUGGAAAGGAUGAGCAAGGGAUUAUUGAACCAAUAAGGUCUGGGAUUAGAGAUCCAAAAUUAGGUGUUGGAAAGCAGGAAGAGGAUGAUUUUUUUACUUCAGGGGAAAAUAUUCAGCGAAAAAAACUUGAUGUUGAGGUAGAAGAGACGGAGGAACAUGCAAAGAAGCGGGAGGUGAUAGCAGAACGUGAGCAGAAAAUUCAAACAGAGGUGAAAGAAAUACGAAAAGUGUUCUAUUGUGAGCUCUGCAACAAGCAAUACAAAUUGGCUAUGGAAUUUGAAGGUCACUUGAGCUCUUAUGAUCACAACCACAGAAAGCGAUUCAAAGAAAUGAGAGAAAUGCAUGGUACUAGCAGUCGUGAUGACCGACAAAAGCGAGAACUACAACGUCAAGAGAGGGAGAUGGCAAAGUUUGCUCAGAUUGCGGAUGCUCGUAAGCAACAGCAGCAGCAAGAGCAAUCUGGUCCUGCUUCAGUUUCUCCAGCAUUGAGAACUGCUACUGUACUGGCUGAUCAGGAACAGCGAAGUACGUUAAAGUUUGGGUUUUCAUCAAAGAGUGGCACAUCGAAGAACUCAUUUGGAGGUGCUUCAAAAAAGCCAAAAGCUGCUGUUGCCUCAAUUUUCAGCAAUGAUACCGAUGAAGAAUAGAGUGGUGCAAGUAUGACUCCUGCAGAAUGGUAAAAUUGGACGGCUGCGGACAUUGGUGGCCAUGUAUGGACUAAAUAUUGUAACUUUUGUAAUGCUCAAGUUGUAUUUUUAUUCAUAUCUGUGCAAGUUAAUAUCUGCAAAUCCUGUGGAGGCAUUUGCUGUGCUUCCAAGCGAGUUUGUUUGGAAUGCUGAAGUUUAUAUGGAUACAAAAUUAGCUGCUACUUAGAAUUAUGAAACAUUUGGAUGCUCUCUGGCAUUUUGGGCGCUGCA